GUACAAACAAAGGAAUGGGCAAGAAAAAGUCUUCAACAACAAUGAAAGGGAAAUAUAUUCGCAAGUGGAAUAAAAAGGUUUUCUCAGUUCAGUUAGAAAGUGGGAAUCAUCGAUUAUCUCUUAAGUGGAGCUUUUAAUUAUUACAUACACAGCACACAAAUUGAUUUAUAUAUAUAUUAUCUAUGUUAUUGCAACGAAAAAUCGAGAAUUGUUGAAUUUUUUAAUCUCUCUUAAUCUAACAUUAUAUCGUACGUAUCAUAUUAUCUCUUACGUUUUAUUACCAUCCCAUAUAGCUAAAUUAGAAACAUAUAUUGAUAAUAAAUAGUAGUUAUCCACCGAAAACAUCUUUCCCCCCCAACAUAAGCAUUAGAUUAAAUUUGAUAUGUGACGUAAAGAUAUUUUGCAUCUCAUCGCAUCAAGUAUUAUCUUCAUUAAACAAUUGCAUGCAGAAAGAAUUCAUAUAAUAAAAAAGUGGUAAAGAUCUAGUGGCCAUCAUUUCCAUUGGGCUACUAUACUUGGCACAGAGAGGUUCGAUCUCUAAAUUACAAGACAAAAAGACUUGAGCAUGAAUUAAGCCUUGAUUGGUCAUGCUUUCUGAAGACAUAAAAGACACCAUAAUAGAAACUAGCUAAUAUGAUGAAACGAAUCCAUUGUAAGUAUAUAUACCACUGGACCAUGAGUUGUUUCCCAAAAACAAUAGUUGCAAAGACAAUUUUGGGUUCGAAUUAAUAUAAUAUCUUAAAAGUUAUAACUCACAACGACCGAUAAACUUCAGAGUACGUUUGAUUGGACCAUGAUUGCAUUUAAACGCAAAUGUUAUACUACCCUAAAUCCUACGGUUACUAGUAAAUAAAGCUAGAUCUUAUCUCUUUAUUUUUAAGUGAAAUCGUCAUAGUAUAAACAUUAGUUGCAAUAUAUGUGCAUAUAAAGAUGGGAAAGUUGUUCCUCCAAAUAUCACGGCGCAAGUAAUGCAAAAUAUAGCAUCACUCAUAAUAGAGUCAACUUGCAAUUGCAAUUUGCUCUCAUUUUUUCAGUUAGUCAUAACUAACUCCGAAACUUUUCUUUAUAAAUAAUCUUCUCUCCAUCUUCACUUCCUCACCACAACACAACACAAAGAAACCGGCCUUUACAUAAAACCCUUACAAUUCUAUACUUCUUAGUGUGUAAACGUGUGAUUCUUUCAUCAAUAUCAAAAUGACAUCGAUAUUAUUCAUGUUUGUGAGUCUAACCAUUCUUUCCAUGAGUCUAAAAGUCUCUCAAGCCACAUCUCGUGUCACCUUCCACGAGCCAAUCGUUGCUGAACACCAUCAGCAAUGGAUGACUCGGUUCUCUCGAGUUUAUAGCGAUGAGCUCGAGAAACAAAUGAGAUUUGAUGUGUUCAAGAAAAACUUGAAGUUCAUUGAGAAAUUUAACAAGAAAGGGGAUAGAACAUACAAGCUUGGUGUCAACGAAUUUGCGGAUUGGACCAAAGAGGAGUUCAUUGCCACCCACACCGGUCUCAAGGGAUUUAACGGAAUUCCAUCCUCGGAAUUUGUCGAUGAAAUGAUACCUUCUUGGAAUUGGAAUGUCAGUGAUGUCGCCGGCCCUGAGAUCAAAGAUUGGAGAUACGAAGGAGCUGUAACACCUGUUAAAUACCAAGGCCAAUGUGGAUGUUGUUGGGCGUUUUCAAGCGUCGCAGCGGUGGAAGGUUUGACAAAGAUCGUUGGAGGCAACCUAGUAUCAUUGUCUGAACAACAACUUCUAGAUUGCGACAGAGAACGUGACAACGGUUGCAACGGUGGAAUAAUGUCAGACGCUUUCAGCUAUAUAAUUAAAAACCGAGGCAUUGCCUCAGAAGCAUCAUACCCUUACCAAGAGACAGAGGGGACAUGCCGGUACAAUGCAAAACCCUCCGCCUGGAUAAGAGGGUUCCAGACCGUUCCAAGCAACAACGAGCGUGCAUUGCUCGAGGCUGUAUCGAGGCAGCCUGUCUCGGUGUCCAUUGACGCGGAUGGUCCCGGUUUCAUGCAUUACUCAGGGGGAGUGUACGAUGAGCCUUACUGUGGGACCGACGUGAACCAUGCAGUGACAUUCGUUGGAUACGGAACGAGUCCGGAAGGGAUCAAGUACUGGCUUGCUAAGAACUCUUGGGGUGAGACUUGGGGAGAGAAUGGUUACAUUAGGAUCCGUAGAGAUGUGGCGUGGCCUCAAGGCAUGUGUGGUGUGGCUCAGUAUGCUUUUUAUCCGGUUGCCUAACUAAAUGGCAGAUGACUUAUUUUAUAUAAAAGUGAUAUAUUAUUUUAACAUUUAAACCACAAAAAUGGUGAUCUUGUUAUA